AUGCGGCAGGACGGAUCCAUGCAGAUGGCUGCGCCGCAGAAAGAAAACGCCGAUCAGAACUUUGACUACAUGUUCAAACUGCUGAUCAUCGGAAACAGCAGCGUGGGCAAAACGUCGUUCCUCUUCCGCUACGCUGACGACUCGUUCACGUCAGCAUUCGUCAGCACGGUCGGCAUCGAUUUCAAAGUCAAGACGGUGUAUAAAAAUGACAAGAGAAUCAAGCUGCAGAUCUGGGAUACAGCAGGACAAGAGCGCUACAGGACCAUCACGACCGCCUAUUACCGUGGAGCCAUGGGCUUCAUCCUCAUGUAUGACAUUACCAAUGAGGAGUCGUUCGGAGCAGUGCAAGACUGGUCAACCCAGAUAAAGACUUACUCCUGGGACAAUGCACAAGUCAUCCUGGCUGGAAAUAAGUGUGAUAUGGAGGAGGAGAGAGUCGUGUCCGUGGAGAGUGGCAGACUGCUGGCUGAACAGCUCGGCUUCGAGUUCUUCGAGACAAGUGCCAAGGAUAACAUCAAUGUGAAGCAAACAUUCGAGCGCCUUGUUGAUAUCAUCUGUGACAAAAUGUCCGAGAGCCUAGAGACUGAUCCUGCGGUUACCACGGGAACGCAGGGCAACGCUAGGCUAACAGACAACCCUCCGCCAUUACAGCAAUCCAACUGUGCAUGUUAGUGCAUCAGAGUCAUGUGUGUGU